UCGAUGGUUCCUCAGCUUCCUUUCAUCUCGCGGGACAAGGGUGAUAUCUCGCGUACGGACGACGUCGCGACGCGUCGACUUUCCGUCGAUUGUAACACGCAUGACGACAGAAGUGGCGCCGAUCAGAAACGGGGACCGCGGACCAGUUACGGGUCUGCCCGUGCAGUUUGAUAACGCGCUAAAUGUGCACUUUCCGCGCGCGAGACCGUGUGUCCGCAUCCGCAACCCUCCACCGGCUGCGCCAGUCGCACGUUGGCCGAUGACGGACGCGCACGGGGUGAAAGUAAAUGUGUCUCCGACCGGCGACACGUUACUCCGGGUAUUCCUCAAUUCUCCUUAUAUCAAAAUUUAAAAAUGCAAAGAGAUCGGACCACCCGGUUCGUCAGACGACGCAGAUACUAUCGUAUUCGAUUUUUCACCCGCUGUCGGAUACACCAGUUGCAUUUCCGCGCAUAAUUCACGAGCGAAGAUUAUUCCUGUCUGAUCGUAACACAUAGCGCAUAUACAAGAUAUCGGAAAAUCUUUCAGACAUCGCAAAGAAUAUCGGCGCGAGCGUAUUGGUGUCGAUGAAGGAGACGGCGAACAACGCGGCGAUAUAAUGGCAUCCAGGAAGCCGACCAAGUACGACGAUUCGUAAAAUCACGAAGAUGGAAUUGCGAAAAGGCUCCUGGAAGAUCGUGAUUCUCGUGUGUGCGUUAGUCAUCUACUUGUGGAUGCUCUUCAUCGAUCACUCGCACGUGUUAACUGACAUAUCACAGAAGAUCACACUGCAGAAAACGCGAGUUCCCUCAAGGACUGUCUUGUACCAAAGUUCUGAUCGAUCUAAGAUUGAGGACGUACCUCCGGAUGGUCGGACGGAUUCGAAGAAAUCGCAAUUUCUCUCACCUCGAAACAUGAGCGGUACGCUCGAGGGAGGUAUAUCGGAGUAUCAGACACUUAAGCAACAAGGUCUGCUACCAAGCCGGCAAUUACCGACCGCUCUGAUAAUCGGCGUGAAGAAAGGCGGAACGAGAGCCCUUUUAGAGUUCCUGAGAUUACAUCCCGCGAUUCGCGCCGCUGGCUCCGAAGUUCAUUUCUUCGAUCAUCAUUACGUUAAAGGAUUCCGUUGGUACAGACGCAGAAUGCCUCCAACUCUGAUCGGUCAGAUCACCAUGGAGAAGACGCCAUCAUAUUUCGUGACAAGCGAGGUGCCAAAAAGGGUGAAGCACAUGAACCCAGGGAUGAAGCUGAUCGUUGUGGUGAGGGAUCCCGUGACUCGGGCAAUCUCCGAUUACACACAGGUGAAGAGUAAGCGUCGCAAGAUGCCACGCUUCGAAGAUCUAGCCUUCCUUAACGGAUCGAAGAUCGUGGAUACUUCUUGGAUGCCUCUGAAGAUUGGAGUCUACGUGCGGCACCUGGAACGAUGGUUGCAGUACUUCCCGUUGUCGCAGUUUUUAUUCGUAUCCGGUGAACGUCUGAUCGCCGACCCGGUGACGGAAGUCACUCGGGUGCAAGACUUCCUGGGUCUCAAGCGAGUGAUAUGCGAGAAACACUUCUAUUUCAACGCUACUAAGGGCUUCCCUUGCUUGCUCAAGUCGGAGGAUCGCGCAACGCCGCACUGUCUUGGAAAAAACAAGGGUCGUAGUCAUCCCUACAUCGACCCCAUGGCAAUUGGCGGGUAUGGAUUUCGGCUGGUACUAAAAUACACGCGUAUCGCAUACAUACAUAUCGUAAGCAGGAAAACGGAGUCAAUUGUCGUCAAGUACUUGUUACGAUAUCUAUUAUCCUGA